AUGAAAAGGAACACCAGAACCCCCCUCACCGAUAAAGAAAUCAUUCCGAUUCUCAAACAUCUAAGCCUUUUACCUAAAAAACCUUCUCCCACCAAGAAAAUGGACACAAACGACAAUGUAUUUGAACCACUUACUCCUGACAGCCCAAACAACAAUAAUUCUAACGACUCAACUACCGAUCCUCCUAUUGACAACAACACCGUUAACCAACCUAUUAUUUGCUCUUCCUUGCCUGCUGAAACAACUGAACUGGUCGCGGCACUCCAAUUCCCACAACAGACUUCACUGGCAACGACAUUACUUCCAAUUUCAACCAAUUUGAAAAUUGCUAAAACCAUUCCGAAGGAUCUUCCCGUGAAGGUAAACUUAAAUGUUGAACCAAACUUUACCAAUCGCCCCUCUAUUUUUUCCCGCAUGUCAACUCAUCCGAACAUGUAUGCUCAGCCGUGGACGGUCCGCAUCCACCCCUACCUGCCCGUGCAUCAACGACUUGGACCGAUACCGCUCUCCCGAAUAAACUUCGUAAUGCGCCACCCACCAACGCCUUUGAAUAUGAUCCACGUCAACCGAAACAACCACGACGCCCCUUGUUGCAGCCACCACCAUUUCCAUUAAAGCCUGGCCUGGAGUGUCGCGAAUUGGUCGCGAAGUCGGAAUUACAAAAAUUAUUUUUCCUACAAUUUUUAUUUAUUUUCCAUAAAACCAUUUUUGUACUCCUUAUCUUCUAAAUAUAUCUAAAGGAAUGUUUCCCAGCUUUUUCUAAACUUUAGCCUUAGUUGUUUUGUGUCCACACAUUUUUCUUUAUAUAUGCUUAUUCAUUCCCUUCAACUAUGUUCAGUUUACUUUACUAAUUGUACUUCGCUUUACAUUAGCAACUU